AUGGAAGUGGGCAAUGUGAAUUGUGAUGAAGGGGUGCAGCAUUCAGCGAGUACUGAUUUAGGGUUCCAGAAUGGUGCCCCUGCUUCUCCUCCUCCAUUUUCCAAGUUAGAUCUGUUACCCCAGGCGCCGUUGAAUCAUGCUUCGGCUUCUUUGGCCCCUCUACCAGGGACCCAAGAUUUAGCAAACGAGAAAUCUGAUGUGUGCAGUCAAAAUAGCCUAGACCUCAAUAAAUCACCUGCUUCUGACGGACAGGAUGAUUUGCAGAAGGAUUUAAAUGUGGAGAAUGGAUCGUUGACGAUCACCAAUGAAAAAGAGAAGGAUGGUAUUAAAAGGAGGCUCAGAUUGUCAGGGGAACAAUAUGCUUAUUUGGAAGAAUGCUUCAAACAGAACACAAAAGUGGAUAAUAUCCGGAAGGAAGCUCUGGCAAAGGAGCUAAAUAUCAGCCCUCGACAGGUUUAUGUCUGGUUUCAAAAUAGGAAGGCAAGGAACAAGCAAAACGAAAAGCACGGUAAACCGUGGAAGAGCCACUACAAAGCAUUAAGACAGGAAAACAAAAGACUGCGGAAAGAGUUGGCAGAAAUUAAGACUCUGAAACAGGCGCAGGAAACACCAUCUGUAGUAAAAUGA